AUGGUUCCUCCAGCAGAGGAGACACCUAAGGAUUUGUAUUUCUUGUCUAACUUCGACACGAUGAAUAUGAAUAUGCUUAACACUAUUUACUGUUUUAACAAACCAUUCGACGUUGGAAGAUUGGAUCCAGCAGAAGCCAUUAGAGAUGGUGAAGGUGCUCUUUUCGUUGAGGCAGAGGCCAACAUUACGUUGGACGAAAUCGGUGACUUCUCGACUCCUGAUCCUGAUACUUAUGAGAAACUUGUUUAUAUUCUUGAUCAGAAAAACAUACUACAAAAUCCUCUUUAUUUGGCUCAGUGGAAUGGAGUUUCUGAAUGGGGUGAAGUUACACGAGGAUUACCGUUAACAAACCCACCGUUCUUAGAUCGAACUCUACUCAAAGCACGAAACCCACCUAAGGUAGAAUUCACUCAUGGACAUGAAGACAUCGUAGAUAUAUCCAACACGAAGGCCACCUUCGAACAAGAAAUGCUCAUUUACAAGUCCUUCGUUUUUGACCCUGAGAUUCUACAACAACUUAAGAAAAAAGCUAUGGGGGAUGGGGUUCUAAAAAGGUGUACUAGUUUCGAAGUACUCACUGCUUUGAUGUGGAGAGUUCGAACUCAAUCGUUAAGACUUCAUCCUGAUCAGCAAGUAAGGCUAUACUUUCCGGUUGAUGCGCGGUCUAUUCUAGACCCAAAAUUACCAAAAGAUUACUUUGGCAAUGCAAUCACGAAUAUGAGUUGUCAAUGUAGCGCGAGUGAGAUGCUAGACAGCCCACUGUCAUCGACAAUAGAGAAAAUUCAAAGAUCGAUUAAGAUGGUUACAGAUGAUUACGUAAAAUCCACCAUAGAUUUCUUAGAAGAUCCAAAAAGCUUCCAACAUCACAGUUCUACAACAUAUUUAAGUUCUUGGUCUAGUCUAAGGUUAAGUAGUAUAGAUUUCGGAUGGGGAGAACCUUUUUUCGCAGGCCCGACUAAGUUAACAUUGGUUAUCGAAAACCCAACCAAGUUAAUAGUAGUGGUAUGGGUGUUGUUCUUAUCCCAUGGAAAGGAUAACAAAGGCAUAAAUUUGAUUCUUGGUUUGCCUGCUUCCUCGAUGAAGAUCUUCGAAGCACUAAUUGAAAUGCAGACGAAAUUCAAGAAACCUCUAUCUGCCAGAUUAUAA